CGUGAAUUCUCAUCUGAAAGGCGAGUCGAGUAUUCCACGAAGGUUUCACCUGCCCGUGAUCGGUGUGCUGCGUGAUUCCACCCAGAGCGCCAUCAGAUCAAGAACUGGUAACACAAAUCUUUAUUUCCCUCCUGAAGUUUACUCGGCCUGUCUUUUUUUCGCGUUUCACUUUCGUGUUUCAACGUUUUGCAAGCCCUCGGUUGGAGGAUGUGACGUGAGCCGGUCACUCCGGUCCUACCGUGUCUUCUAACGACACGGCGGUGCCGUGAAUGCGGUCCAGGAUCGGUGCUGUUUUACGCUCGGAACUUCUCCCACUGCGCUCCAGCCGCGCUUCUGCCAUAAACUGAAACUUAAAAAAACCGGAACCACUUUGGGAGCAUCGGGGAGGCGCUGCGGCACCAUGGCGUCUCCUUCGGGCGCCUCCUUCGUUCGAAUCAAAUUCGACGACAUCGCCUUCUACGAGAGCUGCGGCGGUGGGAGCUUUGGCAGCGUGUACCGCGCCCGCUGGCUCUCGCAGGACCAAGAGGUGGCGGUGAAGAAGCUGCUGAAGAUAGAGAACGAGGCAGAGAUUCUAAGUGUCCUCAGUCAUCGGAACAUCAUCCAGUUUUACGGAGCAAUCCUUGAGGCUCCCAACUACGGCAUUGUCACAGAAUAUGCCAGUGGGGGAUCAUUAUAUGAAUAUCUGUCAAGUGAUAACAGUGAAGAAAUCAGCAUGAAACAGAUCAUGACCUGGGCAGCAGACAUAGCUAAAGGAAUGCACUAUUUACAUGCAGAGGCCCCAGUGAAGGUUAUCCACAGGGAUCUGAAGUCCAGAAACGUGGUCAUGACAGCAGACAAAGUCCUGAAGAUCUGUGAUUUCGGAGCAUCUAAGUUCCACUCCCACACCACCCACAUGUCUCUGGUGGGCACAUUUCCAUGGAUGGCCCCUGAGGUCAUCCAGAGCCUUCCUGUAUCUGAAACGUGUGAUACAUACUCCUAUGGAGUGGUUCUGUGGGAGAUGCUGACGUGUGAGAUUCCGUUCAAAGGCCUGGAGGGGCUGCAGGUGGCCUGGCUGGUGGUGGAGAAGAAUGAGAGGUUAACCAUUCCUAGCACCUGCCCUGCCAGUUUUGCAGGUCUGAUGAGGCGAUGCUGGGAAACAGAGCCAGUGAAAAGGCCGUUGUUUAAAGAGAUCCUGUCCAUACUAGAGACCAUGUAUAAUGACAGCCAACUCCCUUAUCAGUGCAACUCCUUCCUUCAAAAUAAGGCAGAAUGGAGGGGUGAGAUUGAUGCAACUCUGGAGCGCUUGAAAAAGCUGGAGAGGGAUCUGAGCUCCAAAGAGCAGGAGCUGAAGGAGCGAGAGCGACAGCUGAAGGUGUGGGAGAGGAAGCUCAUCGAGCAGUCCAACAUGCCGCUGCUCCCUACCCUGGAUAUCUAUGCUUGGACAGAGGAACAUGUGCACUUCUGGAUGUCACAGAUUUUCGGUACAGGAGAGUCCGAGAGUGCGAUGCAACCCUACGCUGAUAUCUUCAAGCAGAACCACAUAACUGGACAGAGGCUGCUUCUCCUCUGUGAGAUGGAUAUGAGAGACAUGGGCAUCACCUCCAAAGGACACAUCCUGCACCUGAAGGCUGAAAUUGAAAAACUGAGGAUUGAUUACCUGGGACUGUUUCAUUUCCCGCCAUUAACAAAGGAGGAGUGGGCCCAGGAGCAGCAAGCCGACUGGAGGAAGACCGUCAGUCUGGAGCUGGUCUUUGGCUAUCACUGGAAAGCAGGAACAGGUCCAAAGGACUGCAAGUGGAAAAUGUACCUGGAGCUUGACGGUGAUGAAGUUGCCAUAACCUACAUCAAGGACAUCACCUUCAAUGCAAACAGACCAGAUGUAGAAGUGUUGAAGAUGACCAAGCCGCCAUUUGUGAUGGACAAGUGGAUUGUUGGCAUAUCUGACAAACAGACUGUCGAAUGCCUUAUAAAUUAUGAGGGUGAUGUCAGGUCUCCAAAGAGCACGAAGCAUGUGCACUCGGUGCAGUGGAGCCCUGCCAGUGGAGACGAUGAAAUCAAAGCCAUCGAGCUGAUCGUGGAGCCGGCGCAGUCUGACGCCGAGGCGAACUUCAGGAGCCGCUCCAACUCCGGUGUUGAUCCACAAUGGAUCCUCAGUCUGAGGAACAAGCAGAUGAGGGAGGACCUGGCACAGAAGCAGAACAACGGCAUGUCCAGCAGCCGCUCGGACACCAUGACCCUCCCCCAGUUCCUGUCCACAGUCGGGAGCCAGACGUCAUACGCGGCUGCAUUGCGUAGAUCGCCCAGCCACAACACACUUUCCCCGUGGACCAACUCCCGGAGCUCUUCGCCCACACUCUCAGCCAAGCUCUCCUCUCUCCAGCUGGGUUCAAAGGGAAGCAGCCCAUCCAGCACGACCUCAGAGAGCACGUCGGAGAGAGAGCGCCCCCGUAGCGCCGGUGCUAGGUACAACUCCCACCAAAGGAAGCCAAAUGGCAGCAGUCUGACUGUGAAUGGAGGAGGGGACAGGAGACUGCUCAAAGGAGCCGGCCACCUGACCCACAGUGGACGAUCUCGGACCGGCAGCUCUGUAGGACCUCAGAACCACCCACGGGCCAUUCCCGGGAUGGUCGCGGCAGCAGCAGGGGAAAAGAAUCCAGACAAGGCCAAAGUCAGCGAAGGCGGGUGGAUAAAAGUUGAGCGCAGAAAGCCUCCCAAGCAAGACCAGAGACCGCUUAGAGGUCGCUCGCGCAGAGGUGGACGAGGGGGACGUGGGUGGAGCUAAGAGCUUUUAUGCCGGGUUAAUAAUUACACCAGCGCUGGUGUAGACAGGGUAGACAGACAGUGAACAUACCAGCUCAAAAGAAGGCAUUGGUUUAAUGCUUAUUUUGAAAAGGAUUAUAAACACAAGUUUUAAAGUAUUAUAAACUAAUGUUAAUAUAAAGACUCAAAGGCAGAUUUCUUUUUAGCCAUAAGAGACAUCUAACAAUUUGUGAGAGGCAGUUUAUAGUUUGGUUGCCAAACUGCAGUGGUGCCAGUCUUGGAAAAUGUCAGAGUACACAGAUGAUAAAGUAUUCUAAUUUGCAUGUUCCAACAGGAAAGGUUAUCUGGAAGUUGAAGUGAGGUACUUAAGAGACAAGCUGAUACUCCAGAAAAGCAGCAAUAGGAGUCUAAAAUGAACCCUUUCUGAAACGUGUAAAUGACAAGACUGUGUGAAAAACCUUUAGCCCAGUGUCGUUUUAUAUAACCACACAACACUGUGGUAAAAACUUUAGUUCAGGUCCACGAGACACACAAGGCUGUUUGCAAGCCCUCUUAUCAACCUAAAUCGAUCCCAUAAUUCAGAUGGGUUCACCCUCAUAUGAGCAUUGUAAUAUCUGAAUGUGGUAUUGUGUUGUGAAACUCCUGUAGAUAAAAUUAUUAUACUGAUAUA